GCACACACACUGUCACAUAUACACCACUACAGGCACUCACGAAAGCAUAUGCAUAGGGAAAAGAAGCAAGAAGCAAAGCAGAAGCGAAUAAGAACUGCGUAUAUGUGAAAUAAACAGCAGCAACCGACGCAGACACAGUGGUGUGGUUUUUUCGGAAUAGAUCUCAGGCCCAGCGGAGACGCAUGAUAUUACGCACUAUCAGAUAAGUCAAGUAAAAACGGGCAUUAAGUAAUCAACAAUUCGGACGAGAGCAGAGCCAGCGGAGCCGACUCGAAAAGUGACAAAAACAGCUGUGGCGGUGGAAAGGGGACUAGAAAAGUAUCCAUAAAGUGCGAAAGGUCAGCAGUAGCUGUAGCAGCAGCAGACGGGCGCAAAGGAACAUAGAAUAAAAUUCUUUGUUGUGACUGUGUGCGUGUUUGUGUGUGUUGCGGUUCUUGUGCUUUUGCUUGUGUGUCUAGCUGUCACUUUCUGGCGCGCGCAAAAGAUAUACACAAAUUGAAAAACGGUGGCCACCCUCCAAACACCCCCCUCUGCUCCAGCACCUUGAUGUACGCGCCCGGUUCCGGUGCCGCCGCUUGGUUGUCGUCGUCGCUGUCGUGGUUCUCGUCCCUGUUUUCCCACCAACGCAUCGCAACGCAAUUGCAAUUGCAUUCAAAAGUGGAAGUGUGCUGAUACUUGUCUUAAUUGCCCGUCUCAACUCUUGAAUUGCCAUCGGCUGGCCAGCGGAGCAGCGGAAGCGGAGUUGGAGAGUAGCAGCUCAGGUGCCGGUGCCGUUUGCAAAAACGCUUGUACAGAAACGCUGACAACGCUCCACGCCUCACCAAACACUCGUGGGGAGAGGGAAAGCAAAGGAAUUUUUUGAAUUUGCACAAAUUGCAUUCAGAGGAAAUUCCCCCCCACGGCAAGACAGAGAGAGAGAAAGAGAGAGAGACAAAUUGCUGCUGCAUCUACUCGAUCUGCACAGAGCUUCAGCGAAGAGCCGUUAGGCACCAGCAGCAGAGAGGAGCCAGAUUAAGCCCCAGCUCACGCCCCAGCCCCCACCCCUUGUGCCGUUGUGUGCGCGUGAGGCUCUGGUGUCCACCGACCGUGAGAUGUUGCCAUUCACCCCGCAAGUGGUCAAACGUUUGUUAGCACUCAAAAAGGGCAACGAGGACAACACCGUCGAGGGCAAGUGGUCGGAGAAGGCCGUCAAGAAUCUGGUGAAGAAGAUCAAGAAGAACUCGCAGCUGGAGGAGCUAGAGCGUGCCAUUUCCACACAGAACUGCCAGACGCGCUGCGUGACAGUGCCGCGCAGUAAGCCCGUCCCCCCCGGCGAGCAUCUGCGGAAGGGUCUGCCACACGUUAUCUACUGCCGCCUAUGGCGCUGGCCGGAUCUGCAGUCACAGAAUGAACUAAAGCCUCUGGAUCACUGCGAGUACGCCUUCCACUUGCGCAAGGACGAGAUCUGCAUCAAUCCGUAUCACUACAAGAAGAUCGAACUGUCGAUAUUGGUGCCCAAGUCGCUGCCCACGCCGCCUGAUUCCAUAGUGGACUAUCCGUUGGACAACCACACGCAUCAGAUACCAAAUAAUACCGAUUAUAAUGCUGCGAUAAUACGCAGCGCCUCGUUGAGUCCGCCGCAGUAUAUGGAACUGGGCGGUGGUAGCGGUCCGGUCACCUCCUCCUCAGCAUCUGCCUCCGCUUCCGUGUCCGUUUCGGCCACCUCCUCAUCGUCAUCCUCGUCGUACCAGCAGCCACUAUCGUUUGGACAGAACAUGGACUCGCAGUCGAGCGUGCUCAGUGUGGGCAGCAGCAUUCCCAACACGGGCACCCCGCCACCCGGCUACAUGAGCGAGGAUGGGGACCCCAUAGAUCCCAAUGACAACAUGAACAUGUCGCGCCUGACGCCGCCCGCCGAUGCCGCCCCAGUGAUGUACCACGAGCCAGCCUUUUGGUGCUCCAUCUCCUACUAUGAGCUGAACACGCGGGUCGGCGAGACCUUUCAUGCCUCCCAGCCCUCUAUUACUGUGGACGGCUUCACAGAUCCCUCCAACUCGGAGCGCUUCUGUCUCGGUCUGCUUUCCAAUGUGAAUCGCAACGAUGUCGUCGAACAGACACGCCGACACAUCGGCAAGGGCGUUCGACUCUACUACAUUGGCGGCGAGGUCUUUGCCGAAUGCCUCAGCGACUCGUCCAUAUUCGUGCAGAGUCCGAACUGCAAUCAGCGUUACGGCUGGCAUCCGGCAACCGUUUGCAAAAUCCCGCCCGGCUGCAAUCUGAAGAUCUUCAACAAUCAGGAGUUUGCCGCCCUUCUCUCCCAGUCCGUGUCGCAGGGAUUCGAGGCCGUCUACCAGCUGACACGCAUGUGCACCAUUCGAAUGUCCUUUGUGAAGGGCUGGGGGGCCGAGUAUCGUCGUCAGACUGUCACCUCGACACCCUGUUGGAUUGAGUUGCAUCUGAAUGGCCCACUCCAGUGGCUGGAUCGCGUUCUCACCCAAAUGGGAUCGCCGCGACUGCCCUGCAGCUCCAUGUCGUAGGCAGUCCAGGAUCGAAGGAGACCUAACGUAACACACAAAUGUAGGGCAGGGCGGACCUGUUCCUAAUCCCAGAUCUAUCUGUCCUUGAAUUGCAUACUUUUGAGCAUGGCGGGAAAUGGGAUUCGGGAACCAGGAAUCGGGAAUCCGGAAUCGGUAAUUGAGAGGCAGAGCACAUAAGAAAUAAGUUUUCAGGCAUACAAAAAUUAAUGAAAAGAGAGCCAAAAGUAGAUGCAAGCAUAGAUGCAUAGAUGUAUAUCCCAUAUACAAAGAGAACAACAACUCACACAUACUACAUAUGACAGAGAUGCAUACAGAUGUAUAUCUUUAGAAACGUCUACACACACAUCCAUACAUAUAUGAGAGGACUUGUUCAGGUCUAUAUUGUGUAGGUGGAAAUGCAAGAGAAAGAGAGAGGUGAACGUUUUUUUCGAUAAGAUAAUCCAGGCAGCUUUUGGAUAGCAAUUUUUUUUCGAGACAUAUAUUUUAUGAUACACAAACAAGAAAAAAGCAGGAUCAAAGGGUAUGGAAAACCCCAUGCAAGUGUGUAUGGGGAGGUUAGCGUUGGAAGCGACAGUCGAAAUUAUUUGUGAAAGAAGCAAAACAACAAACAGACAGAUAAAUGGGUGAUUUGGAAUAUAUAUUUGCUAUACGAAAGAGACAGUGAAAGAGAAAGUGGAACCAAAAUAAAGAACAGAAACUGGGAUUUAUCAAGCUGGAAGCUUACACACAAAAAUAGAACACAAAACCACACCACAAAAUAGAACGGAAAACAGCCCCCACACGCUACAAUAUUGUACAUAAGAAGAGAACACCAGAAGAAGCAGGAGCAGGGAAGCAGGAACAAAUUUAUAUAUGUAUA